UGACUACGCUCAAAUGAGUCGGAAGAGGGCAGAGUGAUAGUAGGAGGGCGUUUUCUUUCUCUCUCUCUCUCCUUUGAACGGGGCCAUCUCACUCCAGCAUUCAUCCCGUUUCCACCAAUAAGCCCAAUGAGCUGAGUGCGAACCGCCCACUGUCGGUGUGUGUGUAUUUUUUUCUCCUCCUUUCCGUUCCUUUUUUUUUUUUUUACACAGAGGUGGAUGUGUAGAUCGUCACAUGUUGUUUCCCCUCUACAGUCCGGACACUAGCAGACAUGUGUUAUUUAUUGCUUAGCUGUGGGAGAAGACGAACGCUCGCGCAACCGGCUCUGGAAAUAGAGGAUUAAAAUAAAGAGCGUCGUUUCUUCAGCAACUCGAGGAAAGGAAGCAUUGUGUCUGAUAGCGAAGGACACGAGAAUGGCGAGUCCGCCAAACACGGGAGACCAGCCGUUAUUGCCAAGUAAUACGAACGCGAACAACAAUAUCAGGAAAUGCGGAUAUCUAAAGAAGCAGAAACACGGACACAAGCGCUUUUUCGUUUUAAAAGAGUCGAGCGAAGGUUCCCCUGCCCGGCUGGAGUACUACGAGAGUGAGAAGAAAUGGAAAAACAAAUCGGCCGCCAAGAGAGUUAUUCCUCUGGACUGCUGUCUAAAUAUCAACAAGAGAGCAGACGCAAAACACAAAUAUCUUAUUGCUCUUUAUACCAAGGACGAGUAUUUUGCCGUGGCGGCAGAAAACGAGCAGGAACAGGAGAGCUGGUACCGGGUACUGACGGAUUUAAUGGCAGAGGGGAAAGUAUACGACGGCUCUGCGUCCUCGCUGGUUGGCUUCGACGAGGCGAGCUACGGUGUAAUAACGCCGGUUACCGCCGCCUACAAGGAGGUCUGGCAAGUAAAUCUGAAAUCCAAAGGCCUGGGACAAAGCAGAAAUGUGACGGGAGUGUAUAGGCUCUGUCUCUCCAGCCGUACUAUCAGCUUUGUCAAGCUGAAUUCAGAGGUUGCCUCCGUCGUUUUACAGCUGAUGAAUAUCCGGAGGUGCGGUCAUUCUGACAGUUUUUUCUUCAUUGAGGUUGGUCGAUCUGCAGCCACGGGUCCGGGGGAGUUCUGGAUGCAGGCUGAUGACUCUGUGGUCGCGCAAAAUAUCCACGAAACGAUCUUGGAGGCGAUGAAAGCCAUGAAGGAGCUGUCGGAAUUCCGUCCGCGCAGCAAAAGCCAGUCGUCUGGUACAAACCCCAUCUCUGUCCCCUCACGGAGGCACCUGAACAAUCUCCCCCCCAGCCAGACCGGGCUUCCCCGGCGGUCGCGCACCGACAGCAUGGCUCUGACCUCUCCUGUGAGCAAAUUUUCCUCCUGUCGAAUACGCACAGCCAGCGAGGGCGAUGGCAGCAUGGCACGCCCCAUGUCAGUGACUGGCAGCCCCCUUAGCCCAGGGAUCCACCGGACCCUCCUGAGCAGAUCUCACACAAUUUCAAUGCGCCCAUGUCGGACAUUUGAAUCUUCUUCCCUCCAGCACAGUAAGUCCAUGUCUAUGCCCCUGUCUCCUUCCCCACCCAUAGCCUCCCCUAGCCUAGGGAAUCUGUCCUCCUGCCCAGACAGCAGUGCUCCUCGGCCCUCCAGCUGCAGUGCCUGCUUCUCAGGCUCCCCCAGUGAUGCUGGUUUUAUAUCUUGUGAGGAGUAUGGCUCUAGCCCUGCGGACGCACGGGACCUGAGGCUACCGCUCUCCCUCCGAAGCAACACUCCAGAGUCUCUCAAAGCUGACACUCCCCCCUCCCGGGACGGCAGUGAGCUUGAUGGUUACAUGUUGAUGGAGAGGCAGAAUGGUUACCGCCGGUUACCGGAGCUGGACAAGGCUUAUCGAAAGCGCACAUACUCCCUCACUACCCCCCGCCAGCAGAGGGGUCCCCCGCAAGUAUCUUCAGCCUCCUUGGAUGAGUAUACUCUUAUGAAGGCCACUUACAGCAGUGGAAGCCAGCCUUCUCGCAGGUGUCACACAGCCUCCCCUAAAGGGAUCUAUCCUGAGGAUUACAGGGACGUUCAGAUCAACUUUAGCAAUCUCCAAGGUGACAGUGGCUAUAUGCCCAUGAUGCUAGGUGUGGCACCACAUACACCAGGGUCCAAGCAUGACUUCUACAUGCCCAUGAGCCCCAUGUGUGUUUCUGCUCCAAAACAGAUUAUCAACCCCCGUUCACACUCUUCAGCGGGACUGGCCCCACAUAUAGACUCUCCUGGGAGUGUUUCUCUGGAGGACAGUGGCUAUAUGCGGAUGUGGUGCGGAACCAAGAUGUCAGUGGAGAGCACUGAUGGAAAGCUCACCAAUGGAGAGUACCUGAACUUGUCUCCAGUUGACCCAUUGGUGUCUCUCACACCCCCUGAGUACAUCCUCAGUCCUACAGGGGGAGAUCCCCAUCUCCAGCAUCAUCACAGACAGCCUUAUUUUUACAGCUCUCUACCACGCUUACUUAAAGGUCAGUUGCAGCGCAGCGGGUCCACAGACAAAGAUCAGUAUGUGCUGAUGAGUUUACAGAGAGAGCGGAUAGAAGAGGAGUCAAACUAUUGUCCUAUCUCUCCAGGAGACUCUGUGGCCAGCAGCUCUCUGGGGACACCAAGCACCCCUUCCUCUGCCCCAUCUCCUGUCAGAGUGGCUCGGGUAGAUGGAGGUCUUGUACAUCGGAGUAAGGUGAGUCGGCCCACCCGCCUGGCUCUUGAAUCCCUCAGAACACUACCAUGUAUGAGCGAACACCCGCUUCCCUCAGUGCCACGGAGCCCUGGAGAGUACAUCGACAUUGACUUCAGUAGUGCUACUCGAGACCUGCUGGAAUCUACAGUGUCAGAGAGCUCUGAGUCCUCUGUGAGUUUUAUAGUGCAGAGAGGGGAAUCCCUGCCACUCUCAGACUAUGCUAAUGUUGACGUCAGCUCCCCGGGUCACCUUGGCUCACACCAACAGGGUUCCCUCCCUGCAGGGUGCCUAAACCACACACCUGAAGUGUUGACGUGUCCUAGUCUGGUGAAUGCCCAGCAGAACAUACAGAGAGUCGAGAAGGGAGAAGAGAAAAGAAGCAUAGAGAGACAGGCAGAGGAGAGGGGGAUGGUAGAAGAAUAUCCUCUCCAACAGCAGGUGAGCGUGGUGUGUCAGCCUGCUCCAGUCAAGGAUGACUACACUGAAAUGUCUUUCAGUCCUCCUGCCCCUCUACCUGCUCUCUGCUCCACUGAUGAUGCCCCCCUCCCCACCAGCCUUACUGCCUGUGUCCAGAGACUCAGCCUUGAGAGCAGCCUUGUGGAUGUGGUGCUCCCUGUGCCAGUGGAGUCUUUUCUCCUGGGGGGUCCUUCGUUAUCUGUCCCCCUUGUGGAUCCACACAGAGGGGCCAAAGUUAUCCGAGCUGACCCUCAGGGGCGCCGGCGGCACAGUUCUGAGACCUUCUCCUCCACCACCACUGUCACACCAGUGUGCCCAUCCUUUGCCCACGACACCAAGCGACACAGCUCUGCCUCUGUGGAGAAUGUAUCCCACACUGUUUGCAGCUCUGAGGGCUCUGACGAGGACAAUGGCAGCAACAGCCCCAUGUGCAGGGAGAUGUCAGCUGGUUAUCAAAAUGGACUUAAUUACAUUGCCUUAAACUUGAUGGAGGGAAGCCUUGGAGGAUCCAGGUUAGGGGGCUGUGAUGGACUCCUGAGGUUCAAGACGACAGCCUGUGGCUGUAAAGGGGGCAUGAAUGGUUUCAACACUAGUCCCUACGCCAGCAUGGGAUUCAAGGAGACUGCUGCUGCUGUUAAAGAAUGAAGGCUGAUGGGUCCUCCCACACCUCUCCUCCCUCCUUUUCCUGUAAACACAGGAUUUCACUGCAGCUAAGUGACAAGGUCGCCACAGCGACAGCUGGACCAUGUGCUGCAGUCGAUGUCCUUUGACCUCUUAGCCGCCUUCGGGGGUCGCGGAGAAGGCCAUCACCAUGGCAACACGAACACUUGAACCUCGCCCCAUAUCUGCCCCAAAAUUAUCCUGCAGUGUAUUGUUAUUUUACUUAUUAUUAUUGUUAUUAUUAUUGCCAUUCAUACAUUUUCAGCUGGUCUUCUUUUGGUUUCAGCCAAUAGUUGCCAGAUACUCUCACCUGAAAACCUGUGAACCAAACUCAUAGUGAGAUCACAGUGUGCACACAUACACAACAAACCUUCAUGCAUACAGAAUGCAUAUAUUUAUUUAUUUAUCAUGUAUGUAUGCAUUUAACGAAGUGUGUGUGUGUGUGUGUGUGUGUGUGUGUGUGUGUGUGUGUGUGUGUGUGUGUGUGUGUGUGUGUGUGUGUGUGUGUGUGUGUGUGUGUGUGUGUGUGUGAAUGAGAGAGAGAGAAUUUGUACUUUUACAGAUUGUACUGCAAAAAGAGGUGGCAUUUAUUAACACAUUUAAAAAUAAUAGUUAACAGUUGCUCAAAAAAUAAAAAUCCUACCUCAGUAAAAACCAGGUUGGUAUCAAUUCACACGGUAGAAAUAUAUAUAAAAUAUUUAUUUUCAGAGGUGAAUGUUAAAAAAAAAAAUCACCAAUCCAAAGCCUUACUCUAGCCAUCAACCUCCGUCUGAUGGAGCUUUUAAGUUUGGACCUAUAAACACGCAGUAUAUCAAAGAUUUAACCGAUCACCUUAUAGACUGAAUGUUCAUCAGAGCCGAAUGAGAGAUUAAGUUCCAUCUCUCCCACCUUACAUUUAUGACUAGAUUAUGUAUUAAAGAUUCAGAGUAAUAUAUUUAUUAAUAUGCCUGGGAUGGAGGAUUCAUACACUAACAGAAUACGCAGAGGACUUUAGAAGAAUACCUGACAUUGCAUCACACAUGCAUGCAGGUGUCACACAUCCAAACAUUGCAUCAUGAACCAGGUCCAACUGGACCUGACCACCAGAUCUGUGGCCUGUCUGAGCCCAAGUCUCACCUCCUUUACCUACUCAGCCACUCUUCACCCAGUAUAUCCUGCACAGCCUGCAGGAAGUUAUGACCUGUCAGGAAAAGGGACGGGGACAUGAAUGUUUAAAGUUACGCAAAGUAACUGGACAGCUCAGAAUCUUUUUCUCACCUGAUUUUUCACCUGAUGCCUCAUUGAGGAGCUCUGUCACACCACACGGUUAGCUGGCAGGUGCAGGCAGCGCUGGGCGAUCUGGCAUAUCUGACUAGUUGUUCAAUGAGCCGCUCGAUAGCUUGAAUCCACUUCGAGCUGAGAGAGAGCCAGACGAGACCAAUGGAGCUAAUGCAUGGUCUUGCACUUACAAACUUUCUAGAUUGUAACACAAGACACAUUGAAUGUAGUACAUGCUGUGUUCCGAGCUUGGGAACACACAACCCAACAAACACCACAGGAACUGCAACAACAACAAUACAAUAUGCCGAGGCACUGAAUCAAAACUAUGACGCAGAUACAAGCCGAAUAAAAGAAACAAACCAGGGCAAGUAUCUCUUUAUUUAUCUGAAUUCACUGGUACUUAACCGUUGCCUAUAUACUGUAAAUAGUGCGGUGUUAACAGAGAAUUACAUUUAAGCAAACGCUGAGAUACUUUGAGAAAUGUUAAGUUAACUUAUGUUGUUUGUACUGUACAUAGUAUGUGUUUGAGUGAACUUUCUGAUAAAACAAAAACACUAAGUUAUAUGCUAACCAGUAUGGUUUGGCUUUGAUUUUGUUUUUUUUUUCAAACUGUCAUGGGAUGGUCUUGUGAAAUGGAUGCCACUAUGAGGACAUUUUCUAAUGCUGUAAUUCUAAAAAAAAUAUUUGAAUAGAUAUCAUUAAUACUUGACAUAAUUAAUUCUUGUUACUUAGGUACAACACAAAUGGCAUAUAUUUACAAAGACAUACCAAAUGUAUAAAUACUGUUAAUAAUGUUUGUUAAACCUUACAUUUUUUGCUGUUUGUAAAAAGAAACUCCUCCAAAUUUGAAAUGAAAAUGUUUUUGUGUUUGUUUUUUGCUAAUCGAGCCUCUUGGUGUUUUGAGCAGUGUUUUGCAUUUGGAUAAUGUUUCAUGUUUUUAUUCAGCAUCUAAAGGUUACGAUAUGGGCUUAUCUUGCUGUGUCUUUCAUUGUAAAUAUUUCAUAUCCUGCAUAUUGCGAUGCUACUAAGAGAUGAUAAUUUAAACUUAGUUCAUUGCUUUAGAUUGUAUUGAUUCUUUAUAGACACAUGCAAUAAAUAAUGAUGUUAUUUAAGAAAGUCA